GCGGGAUUGGGAAUUGUUUCUCUCCAGCAAAGUCAGAGGAAAAAGGAUGUCACGGAAGAUCUGGAAGUAGCGAUAUUAAAAAUGUGUCAGUGUAUGACCGAGCUUCAGAGAGAAGUAAGUUCAAUUCAGUACAAUCUGCAGUAAAUUUCGGGAACUUCUUGGGCUUUGAUAUGUGUAACUUUCUGAAAAACAAAUCCUUGGCUCAGCAGAUAUAUAAUCAUGUGAUGGUAGUUCCAACUAAUUGAAUCUACCACUUGAGCCUUUUUUUAUAUUGCAAGAUAUAGGUAGGUAACCAUGUUGGUCUGCUGUAGUCGAAACAAAAUUAAAAAAUUCCUUCCAGUAGCACCUUAGGGACCAACUAAGUUUGUUAUUGGUAUGAGCUUUCAUGUGCAUGCACACAAAGAAGUAUCUGAAGAAGUGUUGCAUGCACACGAAAGCUCAUACCAAUAACAAACUUACCGUAUUUUUCGUUCUAUAGGACGCACCUUGUUUUAGAGGGGGAGAACAAGAAAAAAAAUUCUCCCCCUCUCUGCUCAGUGCACCUUCAGCGAAGCAGCAGGAGAAACGGAGCCCCUUCCAUUUCUCCUCCCGCUUGGCUGAAGGGGCGCUGCGCAGCUCUCCCUCUUUGCUGAAGCCAGGAGAGUCUGCUCCGCAGGCUUCAGGCGGCUGUCCCUGAAGCCUGGAGAGCUAGAGGGGGCGGUGCGUUUCUGAGGCUUCGCGUUGCUAUCGCUGAAGCCAAGGAGCCUGCAUUCGCACCAUGGGGCCUUUACACAUUUCCCCUUGAUUUUUGGAGGGGGAAAAGUGCGUCCUAUAGAGCGAAAAAUACGGUAGUUGGUCUCUGUGCUACUGGAAGGAUUUUUUUUAGUUUAUAUUGUAAGGUUAUCUUGAAGUAAUUACCUGCAUAGAAGCCUGCUAGCAUGACCUGAAUACAAGAACACACAUUGCUAAGUAAUAUUUUAGAAUUCGGCCUGUCAUGGCUCGGGUUCAUUCUUCUUAUGUAGUUUAUUGCCCAGUGAAUGCUCUGGUAGCACCUUGAGCUGUGGCAUUAUUGAACCUAAGUGCCGGUCAGGAUGUUUCUGGGAGCCCCAGGUAAGCUGCUCUGAGCUCACUUUAGGAAGGACAGCUAGACAUAUGCAUGGAAAAAUAAGACACAUCAGUUUACAGUUAAACACAGCUACAGUGGUGCCCAUAAGGCGAAUGCCUCGCAAGACAAAAACUCGCUAGACGAAAGGGUUUUUCGGUUUUGCGUUAGCUUCGCUAGGCAAUUUCCCUAUGGGCUUGCUUCGCAAGGCGAACGUCUUGCACUUUUUUUAAAGCCGCUUGAAGAGGUGCAGUUGCGACAGACCGUGCUUCGCAAGACGAAAAAAAUCGCAAGACGAGAAAGACUCGUGGAAUGGAUUAUUUUCGUCUUGCGAGGCACCACUGUACCAGUAAUGGAGGGAAGGUGGGGUUGGAGAUGCUUAACUGACCUGGGAGGUGAGUUGCUGCUGCUGACUGGGAGGGAUGGUUCGGUGGGGAAGGCAGCUCAGCGCAAGUGCUCUGGUGGAGCCAAUCCAUUGUUCCUGUUGUUGUGCAGGCACAACAAUGUCCCCAAUGCGCUGCUGCCUCACCCCUCGGCUUCUGGGGAGCCAACAACAACUCCGGGAGGUUGGGCAAACAUCUCUGCUCCACCACGCUCUGUGAGACUGAUCGCAGUUCUUCAAUUCUUUCUUUCUUUCUUCCUUCCUUCCUUCCUUCCUUCCUUCCUUCCUUCCUUCCUUCCUUCCUUCUCCUCCCCCCCAAAGCUUCACAGUGCAGCAACAUCUGUCGCAGCAGACGUGAUAAAAUACCAUUCUGACCACCUUGUUUUGAAAGCUCUGAAGAUCUGCGGGACAGAAGGAAACAUAGAGGCAGUUGCAGAACACAGCUGUAAGCUCUCUGAACAGAAAGAACAGUUGAUUGAAGUAAGUUGGCAUCGUGUUCAUGAACAUUUUCAAAAAUGCUUUAAUAUUUAAAGCGGUCUUGAGUUUUUGUUGGUUUGGGGCACACCUUUGAAAUUUGUGCAGGUUCCGACUCCACACACAUGCCCAUGCCCCCCCCCACCCCAGGGUUGGGGCAUCAGUUGACUAGGCUGUUAGGCCUUGCAGUACCACGGUUCUCAAGUUUGCCUGUUCUGUGCUUUGCCUGGACUCAGGGAUGGGGGAGCACAUUAACGUAAAGGUAAAGGGACCCCUGACCAUUAGGUCCAGUCGUGGCUGACUCUGGGGUUGCGGCGCUCAUCUCGCUUUUUUGACCGAGGGAGCUGGUGUACAGCUUCCAGAUCAUGUGCUAAACCGCUUCUGGUGAACCAGAGCAGCGCACAGAAACGCCGUUUACCUUCCUGCCGGAGCGGUACCUGUUUAUCUACUUGCACUAUGACGUGCUUUCGAACUGCUAGGUUGGCAGGAUCAGGGACCGAGCAACGGGAGCUCACCCUGUCGCGGGGAUUCGAACCGCCAACCUUCUGAUGGGCAAGUCCUAGGCUCUGUGGUUUAACCCACAGCGCCACCCUCAUCCCUAACAUACAUAGCACAGCAUUAAAAAUGGUUUGCCAGAACUGGCUUAGUCAUGCUGGCCACAUGACCCGGAAGCUGUCUGCAGACAAACGCUGGCUCCCUCGGCCUAUAGAGCGAGAUGAGGAGCAACCCCAGAGUCAGUCACGACUGGAUCUAAUGGUCAGGGGUCCCUUUACCUUUACCUUUAAGAUUAGCCUUUCGCCUGGCUACCCAGCUGCACAUUUGCACCAGCUGAGGCAAAGAGAAAGGGCUAAGGGACCAGAGUUCAGGAGACAAGUGAUGGAGGGGCAGGGAAGUCAAUCACUCCUCCUCUCCCCUUAGCUUUUAGCCAUUCAACAGAGAUCCAGGUUUCCAUCAGCCGUUUCUGAGUUCUAAAAGCUUUCAUUUGGCACCAAUGUAAUUUUUACGUUGUCUUUCCAAAACAAUCCCAUAAUUGGUAGGUGGCUUUUCCUGCUUCCUUUCCUAGAUAUGUCAUUUAUUGAGGCAUGUCUCCGGAACAGAGCCGCUGGAAAUUACUUGUCUACAUGCAGAAGACACUUUUCACGUGACGGGGCCUCAGGUAGGUGUCAUUUUUACCUUGCGGUGUUGAAUGAGAUGCUUUCAAGGCAGACGUGUGCUUGCGGUAUCUCAUUUUGGACACAUCCAGCUUUGGAAACAGCACAGCUUAGGAGGCAUUGAACUGCUGUGCCAGAAGCUUUUGGGUGAUGACCACUAGCAACAGCUUAGCCUCUAUCGCUGCUACAGAUUAUUUUUUUCCCUGUAUCAAAUUGAUGAGUUCUGAUGUUACCUUUUAAUCAGUCCGCCUGCUCAUCAGUCAUUACACAUUCAAGCUGAUUUCCUUCAUCUAGCAGUUCAAAUUAAAUGGAUUUAUACAGUGGUACCUCUGGUUACGUACUUAAUUCGUUCCAGAGGUCUGUUCUUAACCUGAAACUGUUCUUAACCUGAAGCACCACUUUAGCUAAUGGGGCCUCCUGCUGCCGCUGCACGAUUUCUGUUCUCAUCCUGAAGCAAAGUUCUUAACCUGAGGUAAUAUUUCUGGGUUAGCGGAAUCUGUAACCUGAAGCGUAUGUAACCUGAAGCGUAUGUAACCCGAGGUACCACUGUAUUAAUGUGCAUCAGUAUUACUCCCAGUCUACAUGGACUUUACAAAAGGAGACCAAUUUAAUAUCUCUUUUUCUAUUUCACUAUCUCUUAGUUCCUUUCGUAUAUUAUGCCAUAUUUUUAAGCGGCAUCCUUUGUGAAGGAGCCUAGCAGUGAGCACUUUUGCAGCUGUGAACAGAUUCCGUUCCAGCUCUUGGCACUCCAAACUAGUGAUGUUAAAUUCUCAAGAAUAAUCCUUUGAAGAAUAUUCUCGAUUAAUGAGAAUAUUAAAGAAUUUUCAUUUAAAAUAGGAGAAUAUUCAUUUUAAUGCAUUGAAAAUGAUAUAAUUUUAAUGCUCUUUAAACCAUUCUAAGGUGAUGGCGCCAGUAAUUGUCAUGUUAAGGUUUGGUAUAAGGAAACUCAGUAGCUGAAUCAUAUUUUAUUAUUCCAUUAGAACAUGUACGUGUUAUAGGACAAGUCAAAAAAUACAAUUGGCAUGUUAAGGUUUGAUACAAGUAAAUUUGGUAAUAGGCUAUCUUGUGCUUCUAAUAGCUCUAACACUUAAUAACUGUUUUGGUGACUAAAACACAGCUUGAUGAACAAAACUAUAUGCAUACAUAUAAAAAAGAAGCCAUUAACAUUAAGUAUAUUAUCAUUAUAUGAUAAUAUAUUUCAGUAUGUCAAUCUCUGGUAAAUGGCACCUUGUACCAUUGAACGGCACUACAAAAACCAGUUACUGGCACUAAAUAAAAAUAUAGAAAUGUCAACUGUUUAAAUCAAGGCCACUUCAUAUGCUGUUACACAUAAUUGUAUAGGCCUAGGUAUUUUAAAAGUAUAAAGCAUUAAAGCUACUUUCUGUAAAAAAAAAUAUCGCUGUAUGGCCAAGGGUAUUGAAUUGCUAAGAAUAAGGUCACACCAAAAUAGAAAAAAGGCUAUUACAUAUAGUUGAAAUACAUACAAAUUCAAAUGUUUAUCAAAUUAAAUGAAUAGCAUUUUUAAAACUAAAAAAACUAAAAAUGUUUUCUGUAGCUCACAUUUCAGAACUGCCAGUGGUGAAUGACACAAUACCCAGUAAUGUAACUGGAUCAAAAAAAAAAUCAUUAUUCAUUACUUAAACUGGCAGUAUCACAGCUUGACUUUGUUGAUUUAAGCAGAGUCUUUGUGCCCAGCGGAAGGAUGAGUAAUACGUGUUACAUACUCCUCAAUUGCUUUAUUUACAGUUCAAAGCUGGUAUAUUACAGAAAGACAUCUUGCGUCUGCAGGAGCAGAAAAAUGCAUCCUCUCUCCUCAACAGCUUGGAGAGAAUCACACAGUGAAAAACAGGAAACCAGUGUACGUCACAUCCAGUCUCCCUUUCCCGUGAGAAACUCCAACAGUACAGACUGUGGAAUGUAAAACAAUGUCUUGUGACUGCAGUUGCUGCUCAGUGAGGAAAUAGAAACCAACAUCCUCCCCUUUCUGUGAACAUCACUGGGCAGCGUGUUCGUACAGUAUCAGUACAAACCCAACUUCUGCACAUAGGUACAGUGUUGAUCCCUUGAUACAAUCUUGGACAAUACAUCAGCAGGAAUUUCAUUACCUGGCAUAUAGGACACCGUUACGAGUCCCUUCUGAAUACAUUCCCUAGCAUGCUGCAACUUUAAUUGCAAGUGCUUUGUGCUUUGCUACAACCUUCAGACUUCAGCAAAGCCAAACAUGCUUUGUUGUCCUGGUAAACCUGGAUUGGACAUUUGACAGGAAUUUUCAUAUCUUUGCACAAUUGUACUAACCAUUCACAAUCCUUAAGUGAAUAAGACAGUGCAUUCAGUUCAGCUUCACAAGUACUUAAGCUAACUGUUGUUUGCUUCUUGCAUGACCAAUCAAACAGACUCUGAUUGUACAUAUAGCAAACUCCAGACGUACUUUUCCUGUCUGUAGCGUCACUUCCAAAACUUGCAUCUGCAAAUAUCUCAAGACCACCAGACUUCUGAUUGUUAAAUCUCAGUCUGUAAUGCAUAGUGCCUUUCAAAUACCGCGCUAUGCGUUUCAGAGCUUUCCAAUCCUUGACACUAGGAUUGUUGACUUGUCUGCUUAGCAAAUUACAGCUAACAGCAAUGUCUGGUCUUGAACAUCUGGCAAUGACGUUUAGCUUGCCUAGCACACUCCUGUCCAGUGUAGUGUCAGAAAAUGCUUCUUCAGUGUCAUCUACCUGAUAACCUGUUGUCAUCGGUGUGUCUACAGGGUUAGCAUCCAUCAGAUUUAGUUUGCUUAACACAUCAGCAAUUUUCCGUGACUGGUGUACUAGAAUGUUACCAUGUUGAUCUCUCUCUAUUUCCAGAGAUAGGUAGUUGUUUACCUCACCAAGAUCUUUCAUGUCAAAGUGCUCUUUCAGUUGAGCUAGGGCGCUAUUGUACAUUGUAACAUCUUUCCAAAAGAAUAAUAAAUCAUCAACAUAAAACAAACAGUACAGCUUCUUUUGCCCUCCUCUUUGACAAAUACACAUGGAUCAGCUUUCCCUUGCUGAAAACCUAGAAAACAAUACUUCAGUGAGUUUUGUGUGCCAACACCGUGCACUUUGUUUGAGACCAUAAAGGGAUUUCUUCAGAGCACAAACAAAUCCCUGUUUUACCUGUACGCCAUCAGGUGGAAGCAUAUAAAGUGAUUCAUCUAGAGAUCCGUACAGAAAAGCUGUAUUAAUAUCAUGGUGACUAAUGUGUAGAUUUUCCUCUGCAGCUAGCUUGAGCAUAAGCCUAAUGCUUUCAUAUCUCACUGUGGGUGAAUAGGUCUCGUGAUAGUCUUCACCUGGUACCUGUGCAAAACCUCUGGCUACCAAUCUGGCUUUGUGUCUGACUAUCUUGCCAUUUUGAUCUGUCUUCGCUUUGAAGACCCAUUUGCUUCCAAGCAGUUUCAUUCCUGGAACUACUGGAACUAGCUCCCAUGUUUUGUUCCUUUCUAAGGAAUCAAGCUCAGCCUUCAUGGCAUUUAACCAUGGCUCAGCUUCCUUCGAAUCCAAACCCUGGAUUUCUUGGAAACUUGAAGGUUCAAAUACCUUCUUGGAGCUUUUAACAGCUGUUACUGCUAUCUUAGCAAACUCAUCAGCAAAUCUCUUUGGAGGUUUGCCUUUUGUGGCUCUCUGUGACCUGCAGAUUAGCCUUAAGUCUUCAACACUCUCCUCUUCCUUCUUGGGAGAAAAACGACCUAUUGUGAACAAUGGUUCCUCCAAUUCUUGAUCAGAGCUUUCAGAGGGUCGCAUAGAGGCUUUCGCACUCUUGAAAUCCUCUGAAUCACCCGAUUCAGUUUCAGAUUCAGACUCAGAACCUUCAUCAGUGGGUGUGGGCUGUUGUGGUUGCUUUUGACUAUCCUCAGUCUCAUCACCGUCAUCAGGAUAACAUUGGAAAAUUCCCACAUUCUCCCCCACUUUGCAUUGUACUCGACACUUCUCGUGAGCUUAAUUGUCUUAGAGUCAGUCAUCAUUAUUCUGUAAGACCCUUUCUGAUAACCUAGAAAGAUACCAUGCAAUCCACGCUUGUCUAACUUGGAGUUUUGUGGUGAGCGAACCCACAUGUCAGAACCAAAAAUCUUCAUGUGUUUAAUGUAUGGCUUCUUGCCAAACAUCUUCUCAUAGAGGUACAACCAAUCGCUGAAGAUAAUCUGCGAUUGUAACUGUAAACAAAACACGAGAGAGAUUCGACCCAAUAACUCUCUGGAAGAUUGGCAUCAUGCAGCAAGGUUUUUAACCCUUGAAGCAAAGUCUGAUUUGCCCGUUCCGCAAGUCCAUUCUGCCAUGGCGAGCGAGGACUAGACAAAUCGUGUUGAAUUCCUUUCUCAGUCAGAAAAGCUUCAAACUGCUGAGAAGUGAAUUCCCCGCGAUCACUGAAAAGAGUCUUUAUCUUCUUACCAUGCACAUUUUCCAACCAAGCACAGAAUUCCUUGAACCUAGGAAAAGCCUCCGAUUUCUGCUUGAGAUUGUACACAAAAAUAUAUCUAGAAAAUGCAUCAAUGAGAACCAUGAAGUACCUAUUUCCACCCCAAGAGGCGCAAGUGGUCCAACCAAAUCAGCAUGAACAACCUGGUAUGGUUCUGUAGCUGUCCUACUAGACACCUUACCUUUCGCAGCCAUUUUCACCUUGUUUGCUGCGCAUGCUUUGCACUUCAUGUGGUACCUGCAGGGUUUAAUAGUCAUACCUUCAACCAAGGCAGGCAUUUUAGAUACUGCCUCAAAAUGCAAAUGACCAAAUUUGCGAUGAAAAUCGUGAAUACAUUCUGCAUGCAAACUUUUGUUAGAACCUGCAAUGCAACAAGUGUCAUCCUGCACCACAUCAUCAUAAUACAAAACAAACAAAUGAUCAACAUAUUCUGCAUGCAAUACAUAAUCAUUUUUCUUUGUGAUGAUGCACUUCUUGUUCUUGAAGGAAACGUCAAUGUUCCGCUCAUUCAGCUGUCCAACGCUGAGCAGAUUAUGUUUGGCUUCUGGCACGUAAAGCACAUUCUGUAUCGAUAAGUCCAAACUGUGAAGAACAACAGUUCCGUAGCCUUUACUGGGAAUAGUGUGGUCAUCCGCCUGGUGAAUCGCACCUUCCUGCGGUGUAAAAGACACAAACAGUUUCUUAUCGUUGCACAUGUGGUGGGUGGCCGCUGAAUCAACAACGAAGAAAGAUCUAGACGUCUUCUGGACCUCUGCAACCUUUGGAGUGAAGCGUGAAACCAUAGCCUUGUGCUGCGUUGUCCUAGACACCGGACCUUUGCCUUUGCCUCGGCCUUUUCCGCGCGAUGAGCUUUCGCUGCGCUGCUCUGUCUUGGCCCUGGGAUGUCUGCAUUCCCUCUUCAUAUGGCCUAGACGUCCACAUGAGUAGCAUUUCACUGCCUUCAAAGCUUUGGCGCCAUCUGGUGGUUCCACUGCACUAUGGGAUGACGUCUGUGAAGACUCCCCCUUGCCCAUGCAGCCAGCACCCCGGCGAUCUGCUUCAUUUAAAAUCACGGCAGUAACAAAGUCCACUGUCAGCUGAGCAGUUGGUUGCACAGCAAUUUGGGUUGCAACAGACUCCCAACCUGAACCCAAAGAUUGUAGUAUCAUGAAAGAAUACACAGCCUCUGGAAAGUUGAGUCCUCUCUGUUGCAGCUCAUGUCUGAGAUUUUGCAUCUCCAUUAGAUGUAAACGCACAUCUCCACCUUCAGCAAGAGCCAUAUUAUGCAGCUUGUUAAAAUAAAACAUAGUGGAACCAGCUUCUGUCCUUAAGUGAGCCUCUUUCAGAGCGUCCCAAAUUUCUCUGGCUGAGGUCUUAUCACGCAAUAGACAGAGCUCUUCUGGGGAUACUAUCAAUGUAAGAGUUCCCCUUGCUUUGGAAUCCUUAGCUUCCCAUGCAUCUGUAACUGGAACUGGGGGGGUUCCUGUCAUCACCUCAAACAAACCCUCUUUCCGCAGAAUUGCCUCUGCAUACUGUACCCAGUCGCUAUAAUUUUUCUUGUUGAGCUUAGGAAUCCUACAAGCAUCCUGAAGGGCCAUCAUGACUCUGGCAUUAGCCUUCAGCGUCAUAUGCUGCUUUAAAUCUUGCUGCGUCACUGCUGCAGCUGCCUCAUUACAAAGGCACACUUAAAAGUUACUUUCGAUUUCCCCAGCAUAGUGACUUGUGCCUGGGAGCCUUUGCCUACUCCCGGCAAAACCGGCUUUAAAAGUUCAAAGUCCAGCCAUAAAGCCAUUAAUUUGAAGCUGGCAGGCUGCCCGGAGCAGUAGCACAUACCUCAUCAAUCACUUCUACGCGCAGAGCAGAUUCCUUUCCGAUCCGUCCUCCCUCUGCAUUCCGAUCCUUUGCCGGCACUCCGAUUCGACCUCUGGAGUCCAUAACCACGUGUUGAUUUAAGCAGAGUCUUUGUGCCCAGCGGAAGGAUGAGUAAUACGUGUUACAUACUCCUCAAUUGCUUUAUUUACAGUUCAAAGCUGGUAUAUUACAGAAAGACAUCUUGCGUCUGCAGGAGCAGAAAAAUGCAUCCUCUCUCCUCAACAGCUUGGAGAGAAUCACACAGUGAAAAAACAGGAAACCAGUGUACGUCACAUCCAGUCUCCCUUUCCCGUGAGAAACUCCAACAGUACAGACUGUGGAAUGUAAAACAAUGUCUUGUGACUGCAG